CGAACCCACAACUACAUGCACGAUGGGCGCUCCUGCGAUCACGAGACCAGCAACCCCACAGAGGGGCGGAGCGAGGCGGCCGCGGUCGGUCCUGUGGGGAUUGUAGUCCCGGCCCCGCCGCCCCCUGGCGCCAACCCCUCCCCUGGAACUACGCUCCCGUCGUGCCCCGCGGCGCCUGGCGGAGGCGGAGCGGGCGGGCCAGUUGCUAACGCUUGGAGAAGCUCAGCGCUAGCGUCCGUCGCCUUAGGUGGCUCUGGGCUUCAGCCUCAUCAGGUCAUCACAUUGGAAAUGCCAGAAAAGGAGAACAACUUCCCGCCGCUGCCCAAGUUCAUCCCUCUGAAGCCUUGUUUCUACCAGAACUUCUCUGAUGAGAUCCCCAUUGAGCAUCAGGUCCUAGUGAAGAGGAUCUACCGGCUGUGGCUGUUCUACUGCGCCACACUGGCAGUCAAUCUCAUCGCAUGCCUGGCCUGGUGGAUCGGAGGCGGCUCAGGAGCCAACUUUGGCCUGGCCCUGGUCUGGCUGCUGCUCUUCUCCCCCUGUAGCUAUGUGUGCUGGUUCCGGCCUGCUUACAAGGCCUUCCGGGCCGACAGUUCCUUCAAUUUCAUGGCAUUUUUCUUUAUCUUCGGAGCCCAGUUCGUCCUGACCGUCAUCCAGGCUAUCGGCUUCUCAGGAUGGGGUGCUUGUGGUUGGCUGGCAGCGAUCGGGUUCUUCCAGACCAGUGUUGGAGCUGCCGUGGUCAUGCUGUUUCCGGCCAUCAUGUUCACAAUGUCAGCCGCCGUGAUGGCCAUUGUGAUCAUGAAGGUACACAGAAUCUACCGGGGGAGCGGUGGAAGCUUCCAGAAGGCACAGACAGAGUGGAACAAUGGCACUUGGCGGGACCCACUGUCCCGGGAGGCCCAGUUCAACAACUUCUCAGGGAAUAGCCUGCCUGAAUACCCUACUGUACCCACCUAUCCAGCCAGUGGUAGCCAAUGGCCUUAGAGGGAGCUGACUAGUCUUGUUGCUUACCUGCCACCACCAGCCCUCUUCCUUCUCCCUAUCCACUCCUGUAGCCACGUUGGGUCCGAUGAAGCCCUAAGCAUCUGUCCCCUGUCCCUCCCCUGUGGCAGGUAGGCUCUUCCCCCAGCCAGGAUGGCAGCAGGGGUUGGUGGCCACCGGGACCUUUUCCAGGUGGGAUGGCAGACCCCAGCAGCUCUCAGGGACCCGUGCCCAUAGCUCAUCUCACAUCCAAGAGCAGAGGUCCUUGCAAGCACUGCCCAGAAGCCAGCUGGCCCUACCAGCCAGCUGAAGGAUGCCUCUCUUCUGAAAACUUUGGUCACAUAAUGUCCACUCCCUUUGGGGUCUCAGAAGGAGGCUGGCUGCCCUCCAUGCCAGUGCUGGGGAUGCUAAGAAGGGCUCCUCAAAUUCAGCCCACUCCUGUCAAGGCCAUCACCCUCGUCCAGUGCUCAGGAAGAGGGAGGUUCUUCCCUGCUGGUGAUGUAGACACUUGAUAUACAGCUGGGUGUUCAGCAUUUUGUCCUGAGUUUAUCCAUCUGUAUCAGGGGGCUCACGGGGAUGAUCAGAGGCUAGUUCACCGCCUCAGUGCCAUGAUCUCAGCUUUUCCCUGUCCCCCUGUCCCAGUUCCUCUGCACUGGUCCUCAGCCGCUGUUCAGGACCAUUGACCAGCUUGCUUCCAGCCUUUCUAUCCACAGUCGCGCUCUCCCAGGGACGCUCUCUUCCCCAUGUGUUAGAACUCCCACGCCUCAGCAGGAUGUUCAUUGAGAUCCCAAACCUGGGACUGAACCCAUUGGUGGGGACAUGGGCUCCUCUCCCCACUGUGCAAACAGGAAAACAGGUGCAUCUCAUCAGCGUGUGUAUGGCCCCGAGGAUACCAUUGUCGAGGAGUGAGUGCUGGGCCAGCCACUCAGGCCGUGGUCCACACUGCCCCUUUCUGAAUGUGUGGAAGCAGAUCACAUUUCUCAGGAGAACAGCCUUUUAGGAGGAAACAAGAUGUGACAAAUCUCUGUGCCUUACUGAGGAAUCUACAAAUUCUUUUCUCAAUCCUUCUAGUUCCUUCUGAGAUGGAGGAACCGGAUGUUGUGUGGGUAUUGCCACAGCACCUUUGUGAAUGGACGGGCUGAGGGAGGUGGCCUGGCGGCCUCGCAGCCCCUGUUGCCCUGCCCGGCUUCCAGUGAAAUGCUGCCCCUUGGCUCCUGACUGCCUGCCCCUUGUCACAGCACACACUGCUGGGAUGCCAUCCGCUCCUGAGGCUCCAGCAUGGCCGAAUGUGUCCGUGUUUGCUUGCUUUGCUUUCUUGUGCCGAAUGCCACAUGGUGUCUAAAGGUGGCCAAGGUCCCUGAGGAAGCGCCAGGGCCUGGGUCCCUGAAGGACAAGUCUUCCUGGAGGGAAAACAAACCUCCAGCUUGCCAGGUUCGCAGUGACAUCCCAAGCCAGCUUCCUGUGACUGACCGACAGCUCGCACUGAACAAAUUGUGGACCGAAUCUCAUUGUGACUGGGUGCCAUUAGGAAUGGAGCCAGGUAACCAGGUGUAGAAUGAACCCCACUCCCCACCCCACUGUACAUGGCACCUUGGUUACCUUGCAACAGCUGUUUUUGUUUUUUGUGAUUUUGUUUAUUUUGUAGUUUUUGUUAUUGGAAAAUAUUUCUGAAAUAAAUACAUCCUUUCUGCAGCA